GGUUCAGUUCAUGUAUUCGCCGAAAGAUGGCGCUAUAUGUAGUGGCGGAUUGAUCGCAUAGGUUAAGCGGGGUAGUGUUAGUUUGAUGUGUAUUGUGUUGAAGUUUUUGUAUUUUCGUUACAGUGAAAAUAAAAGUGACAUGAUUUUGAGAUGUUUUGUGUUGACAGUAAUUUAGAACAAAGUUCAUUAGUGCAUGGAGUUUAAUUAAACAUUUCGUCGGUCCCUUGAGGGAUUCGGUAUUUCCUUUCGUUCGAGAGCAGUAUGCUGCCAACAAUUGGAAUCCGAACUGCAGUAAUACCCAGACGAAUAGACACGCACAACUGAUCCAAGUCAAUACGAGUCAGAGAAAUGAAAACAAACCCAAGAAAAUAAUUUUACAAUCUGACCUACACAUUUGUGUGGAUCAGGGCUGAAGGGGACACACAAAAACUUCUCAAGGACUGAUCACAUGGACUGCGUAGUGAAGCAAUUAAAUAGCUUUCUUUAUGCGAAGAGAGUUCAAAAAAAAAGGGCACGAUGCUCUUUCUAGCUUUGUGAUAUGGUCACUAUGAGCUCCGAUAAGUCGGUUGUCCGACGCAAAGCAGAUUCAAACAAUGGUGCUCAGGCAGCAGGACCUGUGCCUGGUGGUACAGAAGAUACUCCAAAUCAUCUUGUUUACAAAAAAAUGGAGCAGAUUGUUGAAAAAAUGCAGGAUGAAACAACUGGAGUACCUGUCAAAACAGUCAAAAGUUUCAUGUCUAAAAUACCAUCCGUGUUCACAGGAUCAGAUUUGAUAAUGUGGAUGCUGAAGAACUUGGAUGUUGAAGAUCAAGUGGAAGCCCUACAUCUUGCUCACUUGAUGGCGGCACAUGGGUACUUUUUUCCUAUUGAUGAUCAUAUGUUAACUGUCAAAAAUGACAAUACUUUCUACAGAUUUCAGACACCAUACUUCUGGCCAUCAAAUUGCUGGGAACCAGAAAACACAGACUAUGCUGUUUACCUCUGCAAGCGGACUAUGCAAAACAAGACACGACUGGAGCUAGCUGAUUAUGAGGCAGAAAACCUGGCACGAUUACAAAAAAUGUUUUCCAGGAAGUGGGAGUUUAUAUUCAUGCAAGCCGAAGCCCAAAGCAAAGUAGACAAGAAACGUGACAAACUGGAAAGAAAAGUACUUGACAGUCAAGAACGUGCCUUUUGGGAUGUGCAUCGGCCCAUGCCAGGGUGUGUAAAUACUACUGAAAUUGAUAUAAAAAAAGCCUGCAGAAUGAAUAAACCAUUGAAAAGUAGUAAGCAUCUACAGUUGGGUGUGGCUGGAGGUCGCAUUUCACCCUCAACAUUGGAAACUGAUCUUGCUACACCUGUGGAACAUUUAAAGAGACAUAUAGCUAUGCUAAGGAAGCGUUUAGAUAGACGGAAUAUUAAAGUUUCUAAAGUAGCGGAGGCGUGCAUCAGCUACUUUGAACAGUAUAUUGAAUAUGAUCCAUUUUUCACUCCACCUGAGCUUACUAAUCCAUGGAUUUCAGAUAGUACUGAAUUAUGGGAGCAGGAAAAAACAGCGAAAGAAAUUUCUGCUCGGCGAGUAAAACGCUGGGCAUUCAGCCUUCAGGAGCUACUGCAAGAUCCUGUAGGGAAGGAACAUUUCACCAAAUUUCUUGAUAAAGAAUUCAGUGGGGAAAAUCUCAAGUUUUGGGAAGCUGUACAAGAAGUAAAAGCUUUGCCUCAGAAGGAUGUCCAGGACAAAGUAAAUGAGAUUUGGGCUGAGUAUUUGGCACCUGAUGCUAGCUGUCCAAUAAAUGUUGAUUCCCGUUCCUAUGAAAUCACCAAAAAGAACAUGGAAAGUCCCGAUCGGUGGAGCUUUGAUGUAGCUGCAGCACAUGUUUAUCACUUGAUGAAAAGUGAUAGCUAUUCGCGGUAUUUAAGAUCUGAAAUGUAUAAAGAAUUCUUAAAUGGCUCAAAGAAAAAGACAUCUGUGAAAGGAAUUCGCUCAAUAGUUUCUUUCUCAGCUCGUAAGGAAACAACAUCAUCAUAGUAUGGUUUUAUGGGAAGAAAAUAAUUUUCUAAAAUAUAUACAUCAUGAUACCCACAAGCUGAAAUCAUGAGAAUGGUGGUCAAAUAUUGCAUGAAGAUGAAAUUUUGUAUAGAUGUUAGUGAAGGAAACCAUCCGUUUUGGUGUUUGGAUUUCACUAUGCAAAAGGGGUUGUGAACCCAUAAGUGAUAUUUUUGUAACCUGUAACAUCCUUACUUGUGAUGCAGUGAGUACAUGAAUUGAGGUUGCUAAGUAUAAAUGAGAAAUUGCUGUUAAGAACUGUUCUGUUAGAAAUGUGAGUGUAAAUUGAUAAUUUAAAAUUUAGAAUGUGUAGAAGUUAAAUAUGACUGGUGCAUUACAAGACUACUCUUCAUGUAUUAUA